AUGCUGCUCUUCAAGUAUUUACGCGACCCGACAAUGCUGGCUCUUAUACCGGGGACGAAAAAAAUGGAGAACCAGAAGGCGUAUUUGAAGCGGACGGCUGAUGAUGGAUGGGAGAUGACUAAGUUUACAACUCUCCAGAAUUGGGCUGCAGGGCGGCUGUGCCAGAGUCGAGAUGAGUUUAUUGGUGUGGAUGCAACUGACGCAGCAGCCAUGAAUGCCCUGAUCGUGCUCGACGAAUUUGAACAUUUAGUUACUGUUGCGAGCGAGGCAGUGCCCUCCAUGGGGAUUAUUGUCACUUCCCGAGCUGUCUUUCGUAAUGUUGCUCACGCUGUCCGUGACCAGGGCGACACGCUGGUACUUUCAACGGAUGGGACUUACCGAAUUCAUUUCGGCGGUUGGACACUGGUUGAUCGUGGUGGUGUUUCUGUCGAGCGAUCCGGCACGGACUACGUGCAGCGCUUUCGUCCUUGGCUCUAUAUGUUCGUGAGGACAGAGAGU